AUUGAUGUUAUUUUGUUCAUAGGGUCCGGAGUCGGCACUGAACUCAAACCCGGGUGGCGCCGCGAAGCCGCCGCUCAUCAACUCAUUCGAGCUGGACCGGUGUUUGGACCGGGAGGAGUCCGGCAGGUGGGGCGGCGAGGCGGCGCGGCGACGCCGGCGCAGCUCGCCCCCGCGCCGCGCCUCGCCCCCUCGCGACCAUGAGCCCCUCGCACUUGCACGGGCUUCAGCCCCAACAUCUCCCCAAGGCUCGGCCCAUUCGAGCCCGGCACCGGUAUCUCCUGCCGGGAGUGCCGGUGCAGCAGGUGGGGCCCGCUCACCACUGCCACUCGUGGCACCUGACCUGCUGGCCAUGCAGCUCCUUGAUCAGCACACCCAGCUGCAGGCCCUUAUGAAGCAGCGGCUGUUCCACCAGCAUCAUAUGCAGAAACAGCAUAUGACAUCAGAGGCUGCAAAGCGUCAGCUGGAACAAUCGCGACUGCAAGACCAGAUUAAUCUUAAUUUGCUGUCACAAUCUCACCUGCCUCCACCAGAUACGUCGCCAGGAUCUCUUCAGCAACAACUAGGCGCCCAGCAGCAGCAGCUGGUGCAACAGCUGCAAGCAGUACAGCGUCAGUACCUGAUGCACGGACCACUCUCCGUGCCACCCAAUGCUCCUCCAGGCUUAAUGCUGUGGGGCAGUGAGAUGGAGGAGCAUCCUCUUUUUGGUCGUGGUGUCUGCAAGUGGCCCGGCUGUGAUGCUCUAGCAGAAGAUUACCAGGCCUUCCUUAAGCACCUGGAAGCGGCGCAUACCCUGGACGAUCGGUCCGCGGCGCAGGCGCGCGUACAGAUGCAGGUGGUGGCGCAGCUGGAGCUGCAGCUGCGCCGCGAGCGCGACCGCCUCGCUGCCAUGAUGCGCCAUCUGCACGCUGCACGGGAUACCACGCACCAUCAGGCUAAGCAUCCACAUGGUCCUGCUUCUGAAGGUGCAUCUCCAGGUCCAGUUCGGCGCCGUGUCUCCGACAAGUCUGGUGUCGCUAUUGCCGGAGGUCUUCCGUAUAUGCUCGAAAGAGCUGGAUUAGAUGUGCAACAAGAGAUCCAACGCAACCGCGAGUUUUACAAAUCGGCUGAUGUGCGGCCGCCAUUUACGUACGCCUCACUUAUUCGCCAGGCUAUCAUAGAAUCUCCAGACAAGCAGCUGACUCUCAACGAGAUAUACAACUGGUUCCAGUCUACAUUCUGCUACUUCAGGCGCAACGCUGCCACUUGGAAGAACGCUAUCCGGACCAACCUGUCACUGCACAAAUGUUUUGUGCGGUACGAGGACGACUUCGGCUCUUUCUGGAUGGUGGACGACGCGGAAUUUGUGAAGAGACGACACCUGAGUCGAGGCAGGCCGCGGAAGUAUGAGCCGGCCGCCGGGCCCCCGGGCCACAACCCGCCACAGUUCAUGGGAGCUCAGAGUCCUCCAAUGAUGACCAGUCCUCAUGGAUAUAGCGAAGCACUGAAACGAAACCUGCAGGGUAUGAUGGAAGAUUGUAACCUGUCGUAUAUGUCCGGCGAGGAUCACAUGAUGCAGUCUGAAGACUAUCCUUCCUCGCAUGAUGAUUACAGCCGGCCCCCGAUGCUAAAUGGAUACGGCAGCAGCAGUUCCUCUCAUGAUGUAAAGGCCGAGGACCUGACCAGCGACCCUCAAGAUGUCAAACCCAACAUCUACGCACUCAAGAACGAGAUGCAGGCUUCUGAUUAUUCUAACAAAGACUACUCAAACUCAAACAAAGAGUCAUCCAGCAACCGCUCUGGCGAAACUAGUCCUUAUGAUGACUACCCGAGGGCCGAAGAUCGGUACCGACCUUCCAUGUCUCACAUCAAAGACGAGGCCGAAAACUUGUCCCUCAAUGAACAGAGAUCUGACAAAUAA